AUGACACCUGAAUUGCUAUUCGCCUUGCUGUACACAAUGAUGGUCGCAGGCAAACGGGUAAAAUGUCCGCCACCGCCACGCUCGUUGAGCGAGGGUCAAAUUGUACAAGCUCUAUUCAACAACUACACAAAAAUGCUUCCUGAAGGUGACAGUGCCGUCGAGGUUCAAAUAGAAAUGCAUGUCCAGGAUAUGGGUUCUUUGAACGAGAUUACAUCAGACUUUGAAAUCGACAUCCUAUUCACACAACUAUGGAGGGAUGAGUCGCUGUCAUUUGCUCACAUGUUAGCUUGUAAAAGGCCACGUAUGUUGCAACGGAUCUGGACGCCAAAUACCUGUUUGAUUAACUCGAAGAGGACGAUGAUCCACGCGUCGCCCAGUGAGAAUGUGAUGCUGAUCCUUUACGAG